CUGGCUGCUGCUGCCACCCUUGCCUCCCGGGCUGCCCGCUGCUGUGGGGACACCAUGCCCCUUCCCAGGCCCGGAGACUAACCCCAAACCUGCACCAUCUCCGGCGAACCCCAGGGUUCCGCCCCAGCCCAACAGGUCAACCUGGGAAUCAUUAACAAGAGUCCCUGACAUGGCGAAGGAGGAUGAGGAACCUGGGGCUCACAGAGGAGGUUCCACUUGUCCAAGACCCCAGCCUGGAAAGGGUGGCCGGACUGCACCAUGCUGUUCCAGACCCAAGGUGGCAGCUCUCACUGUGGGGACCCUGCUGUUCCUGACAGGCAUUGGGGCUGCAUCCUGGGCCAUUGUGACCAUCCUACUACGGAGUGACCAGGAGCCACUGUACCAAGUGCAGCUCAGUCCCGGGGACUCGCGACUUUUGGUGUUGGACAAGACAGAGGGAACGUGGAGGCUGCUGUGCUCCUCACGCUCCAACGCCAGGGUAGCAGGGCUCGGCUGUGAGGAGAUGGGCUUUCUCAGGGCUCUGGCGCACUCAGAGCUGGAUGUGCGAACCGCGGGCGCCAACGGCACAUCGGGCUUCUUCUGCGUGGACGAGGGCGGUCUGCCUCUGGCUCAGCGGUUGCUGGAUGUCAUCUCUGUAUGCGACUGUCCUAGAGGCCGAUUCCUGACUGCCACCUGCCAAGACUGUGGCCGCAGGAAGCUGCCGGUGGAUCGCAUUGUGGGGGGCCAGGACAGCAGUCUGGGAAGAUGGCCAUGGCAGGUCAGCCUGCGUUAUGAUGGGACCCACCUCUGUGGGGGGUCCCUGCUGUCCGGGGACUGGGUACUGACCGCUGCACACUGCUUUCCAGAGAGGAACCGGGUCUUGUCUCGGUGGCGAGUAUUUGCUGGUGCUGUAGCCCGGACCUCACCUCAUGCCGUGCAGCUCGGGGUUCAGGCUGUGAUCUAUCAUGGGGGCUACCUUCCCUUUCGAGACCCAACUAUCGACGAAAACAGCAAUGACAUUGCCCUGGUCCACCUCUCUAGCUCCCUGCCUCUCACAGAAUACAUCCAGCCUGUGUGUCUCCCUGCUGCGGGGCAGGCCCUGGUGGACGGCAAGGUCUGUACAGUGACCGGCUGGGGUAACACACAGUUCUAUGGCCAGCAAGCUGUGGUGCUCCAAGAGGCCCGGGUCCCCAUCAUAAGCAACGAAGUUUGCAACAGCCCCGACUUCUACGGGAAUCAGAUCAAACCCAAGAUGUUCUGUGCUGGCUAUCCUGAGGGUGGUAUUGAUGCAUGCCAGGGUGACAGCGGAGGCCCCUUUGUAUGUGAGGACAGAAUCUCUGGAACAUCAAGAUGGCGGCUCUGCGGCAUUGUAAGCUGGGGUACGGGCUGUGCUUUGGCCCGGAAGCCAGGAGUGUACACCAAAGUCAUUGACUUCCGGGAGUGGAUCUUCCAGGCCAUAAAGACUCACUCCGAAGCUACCGGCAUGGUAACUCAGCCCUGACCCCGCCUCAUCGCCUGCUCCGCGCUGCACCAGCAUCCAGAGUCAGAGUUGGUCUGGUGGCUCCAGCCGCACGUGGCAGGCUCCACACUGGGCCUCACAUGGAACGGUUUUCUGCUCGGAUCCAGUCCAUAGAUCCAAGGAUGCUGGGUCCAAGGACUUCUCUUCCACAGUGGCCGGCCCACUCAAUCCCAGGGCCGUUGGCCUCACCCUCCCACCCCAUGUAAAUAUUACUCUGUCCUCUGGGGGCUGCUUUCGAGGCGCCCCUUGUGCGGAUGCUCUUUAAAUAAUAAAGGUGGUUUUGAUUAA